AUGUCCAACGCAGAUUUACCCGCCGUACUGAGUAAACUGUUCAGCCAUAUCGAUGCCAACAAGAGCAAGUACAUCGAUGCACUGAGGGAAGCGGUGGCGAUAAAGUCGGUGUCGGCUUGGCCUGACUCUCGGCCGGAAAUUUUCCGCAUGGUGGACUGGGUUGCGGAGCGAUUGCGGAAACUUGGGGCAACCGUUGAGCUGGCAGACGUCGGCAAACAGAAGCUGGCUGACGGCCGUGAACUCGACCUACCGAAGGUCAUCCUCGGUGUGCUUGGAACGGACCCAGCGAAAAAGACUGUGUGCCUUUAUGGUCAUCUGGAUGUGCAGCCUGCUAUUUUAGAGGACGGCUGGGCAACGGAACCGUUUGUGCUGACAGAAAAAGAUGGCAAACUAUUUGGCCGUGGAUCCAGCGACGACAAGGGUCCGGUUCUGGGAUGGCUGCACGCGAUCGAAGGCUAUCAGGCAAUUGGCGAACCACUGCCGGUCAAUUUGAAGUUCGUUUUCGAGGGCAUGGAAGAGUCCGGCAGUGAGGGCCUCGACGAGCUGCUGUAUGCCCGUCAGAAGGAUUUCCUCUCCGACGUGGAUUAUGUAUGCAUUUCCGAUAACUACUGGCUUGGUACGGAUAAACCUUGCAUCACGUACGGACUGCGAGGUAUUUGCUAUUUCGAAGUUGAAGUCGGUUGUGCACACAAGGAUCUUCAUAGCGGAGUAUUCGGCGGGACCGUGUACGAAGCAAUGAAUGAUCUGGUGUACCUGCUCGGUACGUUAGCAGACAGCGAGGGACGCAUUCUGAUUCCGAAAAUCUAUCAAGAAGUGGCUCCACUUCUUCCGAACGAACAGGCCAUCUACGAUGCGAUUCAUUUCGACGUCGGCAGUUAUCGGGCGGAGCUUGGAGCGCGCAAGCUGAUGCAUAAGGAGGACAAGACAAAGAUUCUCAUGCACCGUUGGCGUCAGCCGAGUCUUUCGAUUCACGGUGUCGAGGGUGCAUUUUAUGAACCAGGUCAGAAGACUGUCAUUCCGAAGAAGGUUAUUGGAAAGUUUUCGAUCCGCAUCGUGCCAAAUCAGACACCCGACCUUACGGAGCGUUAUGUGCGGGAGUAUCUAACAGCGAAGUUUGCCGAACGUGGUUCGCCCAACCACUUUGCAGUGCGUAUGGCUCAUGGUGGUAAACCGUGGACUGAGGAUCCGAAUCAUCCCCACUAUCAGGCGGCCCGAACGGCUACGAAACACGUAUACAACGUUGAUCCGGAUAUGACUCGCGAGGGUGGAUCGAUCCCGGUUACGUUAACGCUGCAGCAAACGACGGGCAAGAACGUUUUGCUACUUCCCAUGGGCGCAUCGGAUGAUGGAGCACAUUCGCAGAACGAAAAGAUCGAUGUGCGCAAUUAUAUUGAAGGGACCAAACUGCUCGGUGCUUACUUGUACGAGGUAUCUCUCAUCGGUGGUAACUGA